CGACUAAAUUGGGGCUGGCAACUGUCAAAGUGGCGCUAUCGUCGUUCUGUCCCAUAACAAAGCGAUUUCCUAUGAAAAGUUCAAUUAAUUAUAGAAAAUUAUAAAAAUGACACGUUGCUGUGUUCCAAAUUGUUCUGAAACCGCUACCCACCAAUUCCCUAAGGAUGAGAAACUAAAAAGAAAGUGGCUAAAAGCAAUCCGUCGUGUGAAUUUCGUACCUAAAAGUGGUUCUAGGUUAUGUCGAAAACAUUUUAAAGAAAGCGACUAUGUAAUGAUUAGUAAAUACACAGGGGUAGAACAUCAGCAUAAACAUUUGAAAAAGUCUGCUGUACCUUCUCUUUUUCCAUGGAAUGUAAAACCUGUUUCCAAACAAUCAGAGGACAGAGAAGAACGAUUGAAAGUUCGCAAUUGUAAGAAAAGCCUUUUCCAAGAAGCAGCUUCUUCGCAAAACAGGGAUAUUGAACCAUUUCAGGAUGUACUGUGUUCUGAACAGGAUGAAAAUAUUGGUCAAUAUGUGGAUAUUUUAACUGAAGGUUCCGCACAUCAAAAUGCUUGUAAUGUUACUGAUACAACAAAAAUAAUGAAAAAUGAAGCAACGCAAACAUCAAGCAUUAUGAAAAUCUUCUCUACUGAUUUAUUGGUGACUGAUAAUGAUUCAGUAAAUUUUUAUACGGGCCUGGAAACUUACCAAAAGUUUUCAUUAGUAUUAUCUACAUUAAUGCCUAUGGCUAAUGAUAUAAAAUAUAGAUGGAGCAGAGUUAUAUGUUUGUCCAUAGAAGAACAAUUUUUAAUGUUGCUUAUUAAAUUAAGACGAAAUAAGCCUGAUUUUGAGCUAGGAAAAAUGUUUGGUGUAAGCAAAACAGAGGUUUCAAAUGUGAUUAUUACCUGGAUUAAUUUUGUUAAUGACCUUUGGAGUCUCAUUAAUAUCUGGCCAUCUCGUGAGCUAGUCAACUUUUAUAUGCCUAAUUCUUUUAAAACUAAUUAUCCUUCUACAAGAAUAAUUAUAGAUGGAACAGAAAUUCCCAUACAAAAACCUAGCCAACCUGAUGCUCAAAAAGCUUCUUUCAGUCAAUAUAAACACAAAAAUACUUUGAAAUUCUUAGUCGGGUCAUCACCUGGUGGGUUAUUUACUUAUUGUUCAGGAGCAUAUGCUGGAUCUACAAGUGACCGCCAAAUUGUGGAACGCAGCAGUCUUUUCGAGAAGUGUGAACCAGGAGACAGCAUUAUGGCAGACCGUGGUUUCAAUGUUCAAGAUUUAUUUGCUAGUAAAUGUGUAGGAAUAAAUAUUCCUACAUUUUUAAAAGGAAAAUCCCAAAUUCCUGGAAUAUUAUUAAAACAAGACCAGAAACUAGCCAGUCAACGGGUUCAUAUAGAAAGACUUAUUGGUUUAUCUAAAACAUAUAAAAUACUAACGAGUGAACUUAACCAGUAUUAUAUUCCUUUAGCCUCGAAGAUAUUUUUCAUUUGCAUGAUGUUAUGUAAUUUCAGGGAAGGAAUAGUAAAUAAAAACAUAAAUUAAU